UGCACGUCGUAGUCGUUAAAAGAGAUCUCUACAACCUGUAGAGCGACCAUGGCCGCCUCUCUGCUCAACCCGGCGGUGCUCCAGGAUCUGGCACUGAGCUGGCUGCGCGAGGACCAGCCCAGCCUCGACGUGGGCCUGUACGUGGUCGGCGAGGCUGACUGCACCGCCUACCUGUGGUGCAAGAGUCCCGGAGUGCUGGCGGGCGUGCCAUUCGCCAACGCUGUCCUAGCGCAGCUGGACUGUGACAUCAAGUGGCUGCGCAACGAGGGCGAGUGGUUGCACCCCGUCGCCAAGGUGGCCGAGGUGACCGGCCAGGCGCGACGAUUGCUCCUCGCCGAGCGCGUGGUGCUCAACUGCCUGGCUCGCGCCAGCGGUGUGGCGUCUUCUGCCCGGCGAAUGCGCGAGGUCCUGAACGGAAUCCACUGGGACGGCGUGCUCGCCGGCACGCGCAAGACAACGCCCGGCUUCCGCCUCGUGGAGAAGUACGCGCUGCUCGUCGGCGGAGCAGACACGCACCGCUACGACGUCGCCUCCAUGAUCAUGCUCAAGGACAACCACCUCACCGCCGUUGGGUUCCAUCGAGAAGUGUCGCAGGCUGUCCGCAUCGCCAAGAAGAUGGGCGGCUUCACACGGAAGGUUGAAGUUGAGUGCCGCUCCGUCGAGGAAGCCCAGCAAGCCGCUAGAGCCGGAGGUGACAUCAUCAUGCUCGACAACUUCGAGGCCAAGGACUUGUCCCCGGCGGCGCAGAAGCUGAAGACCGAGUUUCCGGGCGUGCUGGUCGAGGCCUCCGGAGGUAUCACCUCCGAGAACGUGACCCAGUACGCCGUGCCGGGCGUCGACAUCAUUUCCUCGAGCCUCCUCAUCCAGGGCUACCCCACGGUCGACUUCUCGCUCAAGGUCCAGCCACCCAAGAAGCCCGAGUGCUGAACUCGCCGCAGGUCCGGAUGAAAAAGGAACAGUGGCGUCACGCGAAAGUGCUCGGCUCUUAGGGAUAAUCGCACAGUGUUUCAAAAACAAAACGAGGACACGAGAAGGCCACGUGAACACGCAAACGGGGAAUGUUUUUCUUUCGACUUCGUUUUGUUUUCGCUGCGCAAUGUAUCUCAAGAUUGCAUGCCAGCAAACCCCACACUGUAACCUCAGCGAUCGUCCCGAUUCUUUUGGAUCCCUAUUAUAUUGGAAACGCGAGUAUGCAAUGAGGAGCGCCUUUCGCUGUCAUCUUUUUUUUUCAUGCGACUGCAUCAAAGUAUUCAACAUUAUUUUUUUCUUCUGAAAUAAAGGUUUCGUGUGGCUAUACCACG